UGUGUCACACUGUCACAUCAUCCUACUAGCGUGUAGUAUCAAUUAUUUUUCUUAUGAUAAUUAUUGACUUGGAAAAUAAUAGUCAUAUAAACUGGCUAUUUCUGCGAUUAAUAUUACCUGGAUGAGAAAGUUUUAUUUAUUUUUUUUUUUUUAUUCAAAGUACAAUUUAUUAGUUAUUGAUCAUUAAAUAUAUACAACUUAUCAUUCCAAAAUGACUACAAAUACAGAUGUCUAUGACGAUUUAUUUUUAUAUACGACCAACGAAAAGUUUUACGUUGAAGCUGUAACUGCGAAGGUACUACUAAUAGUUGAUAGAGUAAAUCAACAUAUAUUUACUCAAGUUGGUACAGCUAAUCAGAUUUCACAGACAGCUAUUAGACGAAAAAUAUGGGGUAUUGUAGGAACAAUAAAAUUAUUAUCAUGCCGAUACUUAAUAGUUAUUACUGAUGCCAAAAGAAUUGGAACUAUAGCAGGUCAACAGAUAUUUCAGAUAACUGCGACGGAUGUAAUACCAUACUCAAAAUCAGAUUUGCAUUUAACCGAUAAACAAAUUGAAAACAAUACAACAUAUUUAGAAAUGAUUAAAUCUGUUCUAAAUACUCCAUAUUUUUACUUUAGUUACACGUAUGACCUUAGUCAUACGAUGCAACGAUUACACAAUACGACUCCAGAAUUUCUCCAGAUGCCACUACAUGAUCGAGCUGACUCUCGUUUUAUAUGGAACGCAUAUCUAUUACAAGAUUUAUCAUCCAGAUCAGAACAUUCAAAGUUUUGUUUACCUAUUAUACAUGGAUUCAUUUCUUUAAACACUGUUGUUAUCAAUGGCAUUCCGUUCAAUUGGGGAAUUGUAUCAAGGCGAAGUGUGCAUCGUGCUGGGACAAGAUUAUUUUCUCGUGGAAUUGAUACUAAUGGUAAUGUUUCAAAUUAUGUUGAAACUGAGCAAUUAAUCGAAGUCAAUGGAGAUCGUAGUUCUUUCGUUCAAACGAGGGGAUCAAUACCAUUAUUUUGGCAGCAAGAGCCAAAUCUCAAAUAUAAACCAAAGCCACAACUAUGUUCUCAUGAAAAUCAUCAAAUUGCUGCUUCGAGACACUUAGAUGCACAAAUAUUUCAUUAUGGCAAACAAAUAUUAGUCAACCUGAUUGAUCAUCGUGGAGCAGAAAAUGUGCUUGAAAAAGAAUAUCGCGCAGUUGUAUCAAGAAUUGGUAAUCAGAAUGUACGUUAUGAGGCAUUUGAUUUUCACGCAGAGUGCAGGCACAUGCGCUGGGAUCGUUUAAAUAUCUUGAUGGAUAGAUUAGCUCAUGAUCAAGAACAAAUGGGAUAUUUUUUGCUGUCCAGAGAUGGUUCAUUACUUUCUGUACAAGAUGGAGUGUUUCGCACAAACUGUAUUGACUGUUUAGAUCGAACUAAUGUUGUCCAAAGUAUGUUAGCUAAACGAGCACUUGUAGAUGCUUUAAAUAAACUUAGCAUUCUUAGAAGAAUUGAAGAGCAUCCGUCUUUUGAAACAUUAUUCAAAGAGGUUUGGGCUGACAAUGCUGAUAUUAUAAGUACCGAGUAUUCAGGUACGGGUGCAUUAAAAACUGAUUUUACUCGUACGGGUAAACGAACUCGAAUGGGAGCGUUGAGAGAUGGUAUAAACAGUUUAACUAGAUACUACAAAAAUAAUUUUGCCGAUGGCUUUCGUCAGGAUUCAUUAAAUUUAUUUUUGGGUCGCUAUGUUAUACAAGACGGCGAAUGUAUGCAGCUGAAAUGUCCAUUAGAUUAUGAACGAAACUGGCGAUAUGCAACAUUCCCAUUAGUACUUUUAGUUGCAUCUUCAAUGUUAAUUGCCCAUGUAAUACUUCCUUCAACAUAUUCAACUGAAGUUCUAUUAUAUAUGUUAUUUUGGGGUGCGAUGGUUGCUGGUACAUUCGCCACUAUCAUUCAUCAUGGUCGACAAUAUGUCGAUAAACCGAAAUUAUUGUAGUUAAUAAUUAUAACAUUUAAUUUUAUUUUCACUCGUAAUUGUUCAUAGAUAAUUCAGUCAGCUAGUUAAGGACAUUACAAGUGUUGAUAAUGGUAUAUGAAUUUUUUUUUUUUAUAAUUAUUGGAAAAAUCUAUGUAAAUUAGCAAAUAAUUUAUGAAAAAAUAUAUUAAAUUAAUCUAUAAAAAUUUCAGCUAUUAGCAUUUUAUUAAGAUCAAUCAAUCUCAACUUUGUUUAUUUCAUUCAUGUGUAAUUGAAUAGUAUAAGAUUAAUUAAGUAAUCUAAUUUAUAUUUCCACUUGUCACAUAGCACAAAUAAAAAAAUUUUUGAAC